GGGAUCACGUGGCGAGGCCGCCUUAGCGGCCAUCAGCACUGUGGGCAAACCGCACUGAGCUGUCGUUCUGUUCUCCGCUCCUACCCGGGCUUCUCACCCGCACGGGUGGGCCUAGCCCUGAUUCCUAUCCUUCACGGCGGCCAACCUCGCUGUCUUUCUGACCCCUCCGGCGUUGAGGGUCGCGCAGGGAGGGACAUGGGUGACCGGAAGUGGGAGCCAUGAGCAUCUCCUCCUGGAGCUCAGAUGCUGGAGGCGUUGGCUGGACCACCGCGACGCCCGCAUGGAGAGCACUGCGCGUCGAGCUGCGCACCUACAGCUAACCUGGGCACCCAGGCUCUGCGGGGCGUGGUCUUUGCAGAACCUACCGCCCUCUAGGGGCGCGGGAACAUGACUCUAGAUCAGGAGCCCACCGUGGGCAAGGCGCACGGCGCCCGGGCCUGCCCUACUGGCCGGUGAAUACCUGGAGCCCGGAGACUUGGUAACUGGCGCGAGCGGACGUGUGCGCACGCGCGGGGACGCUGCUGACACGUGGCUGGGAGCAAGGGAGUCGCUGCGCGCGCGAAGCGCCAUAGUGUAGGCCCUUGGUCCAAACGACCCUCCACCUUCCCUCCGAGUGUGAUGAAGGCUGGUGCUAUCAUGGGAUGCGCCAUGCGGCCCCACUCUCCUCCCUAUUACUCAGAGCAGCCAGGGAGGGGCCAGCGCGCAUCUCUCAUCUUGGGACAGACUGACCUCCCUUAAGUCCCUGCCCUCCAUCAGCUUAGUGGCCUCUCCCUGCAGCUGGCGUCAGUGGCAGCAUGGUCUUCUGUUUGGAAAACGAGAUGCCACACCGCCUACUGCGAAGCACCAUGGUCCACUUCCAAGCCUCCGAAGUCCAGCAACUGCUCCACAACAAGUUCGUGGUCAUUUUGGGGGACUCCAUUCAGAGAGCUGUGUAUAAGGACCUGGUGCUUCUGCUCCAGAAAGACACACUGCUCACAGCCUCCCAGUUAAAAGCCAAGGGGGAGCUGAGCUUUGAACAGGAUCAGCUGGUGGCUGGGGGCCAGCUGGGCGAGCUCCACAACGGGACACAGUACCGAGAGGUCCGCCAGUUCUGCUCUGUCUCUGGCCACCACCUUGUGCGCUUCUACUUCCUCACCCGUGUUUACUCCGAGUACCUCGAGGACGUCUUGAAGGAGCUGUCCUAUGGACCUGCCCCUGACCUGGUGAUCAUCAACUCCUGCCUCUGGGAUCUCUCCAGAUAUGGCCGCUGCCCAAUGGAGAGCUACAGAGAGAACUUGGAACGAGUGUUUGUACGAAUGGAUCAGGUUUUGCCAGACUCUUGUCUGUUGGUGUGGAACAUGGCAAUGCCUUUGGGGGAGCGUGUCACUGGGGGUUUCCUCCUGCCAGAGCUCCAGCCCCUGGCAGUUUCUCUGCGACAGGAUGUGGUUGAGGGGAACUUCUACAGUGCUACACUAGCUGGGAAUCAUUGUUUCGACGUCCUGGAUCUCCACUUCCAUUUCCGUCACGCUGUGCAUCACCGUCAUCGAGAUGGUGUCCACUGGGACCAGCAUGCACACCGCCACCUCUCACACUUACUUCUGACCCAUGUGGCUGAUGCCUGGGGUGUGGAGCUACCUAAACAUGACCCUCUCCCAGACCCAUGGAUUGAAGACUGGACAGAGAUGGAUCAUCCAUUCCAGGGAAGCCAUAAGCAGCCUCUAGACUUCAAGGAGAAGCUGGCCUUGCCCCUGCUCCCACCUUUCCAUUUGCCUCCUCCCAUGUCUUUUCCUUACCCACUUCUUCAGCCCUCCCCACCUCCUCUGUUCCCACCCCUGCACCAGGAUGCCCCCUUUUCCCAAGGCCAGCCCUUCCCACCCUAUAAAUUCUUCAAACACAAUGCCAUGGAGGACUUCUCGAUGCCAUCUAACUUAGGAUGUGGCCCUGGAAUGAACUUUGUGCCUGGUCCCCUGCCACCGUCAGUGUCUGGCCCUGUCUCCCAUGGUCAACACCGGGGCCCUGUGGUCCACCGGGGCAAGCCACGCUAUGUUUCUAACAACCCCUACCAUGUACCAAGGAUCGGUGGGGCAUGUAGGCAGCGACUCAGACACUCAGACAGACUGAUCUACACAUAUAAACAGGACAGACGGGGACAUGCCCAUUCGGGAACAUGGCCUGGGUAGACAGGAUCUUAGGUUGGGACUAGAGUUGCCAAUGACCCUGAAGGGUCUGCCUGAUACCGUAGCUGCUGGGCCGGGGUGUUCUUGUCCAUUGCUGAUAUCAAUAAAAGCAUGGAAGGACAGAGUGACA